AGGACCAGGGAUUAGGAUUCCGACCGGAGGUACUCGAUUCGAAAAAAAAAAGGGAGCGGUCCGGUACGUGCGUGGUUUUGCCUGGCCGAGGCCAUCAUCGAGGGGCCGCGCCUAAGGAGCCUGUCUUCCGGGGCUGAAUAUAACAAGACGAGGAUGCUUGUUGUACCUCUCAAUUCAUCCAUCCGCUCUCGCCAACGCACCCCACAAAGCAUACCCCAGGCUUCAUCCGACUAGUCGACCUCGUCCUCCCUCCGCGCCCCCCCACCUUCCUUUGAGACUGCGUAACUUUACCUACAUUACCCAUUGCGUACCCCAAUACCGCCUGGUCCUACUUGUCCCAGUGCCAGUCUCCUCAUCAUGCUGCCGAUACAGUCAAUCGAGGCCUCGGCUGCCGAUGAGAAUGGGGAGACCCGCCAUCAAAAGCCUAAGACUUUACCGUGCAAAUACUGCAGCAAACGCUUCAGGCGUGUGGAACAUGUCCAGAGACAUGAGCGAACACAUACCAAAGAGAAACCCUUUUCUUGCGGCUGGGUUGGCUGUGGGAAAACGUUUGGACGACGUGAUCUCCUUGUCCGCCACGAGAAGCUCGUCCAUCUCAACGAAGGCAGCAGGGAUGGAGCUCGGCCUCGGAAACCAUCUUCGGCGACCACCGCUACCGUCGGGCCUUCCGAUGGUCGUGUCGACACGGAGAUGCUGGGCCUGCAGCAACGGGCGCCACAACAGCAUUACCCUCCCGCUAGCAUGACCUCGUCCGUGGUGACCACUCUCCCGCCAGAUCCGCGGCUGUCAGCGAGGGCGCCGGCGUGUAAUCUGGACCUGCUGUCUGAUGCGGCCACUCAUUUAGCCUCCGGCGGUGAAGUCAGCACGAUGCAGCCGAACAUGAUGCCUGGCUUGGCCCAACAGCCGAAUGACCUGGCCCGUGUCAAGACGUACGACGGGGGGAUGGUGUACGGAGACCGGAGUAGGGAGCAGGAUCCGGUUGUCAUGUCUGGAGGAUAUUCCCCUCACCAUGCGCCAAACAGUCUCGAUGCUUAUAAUCUCUUCCUGGACGAUUACGGGUCCUCGUCCCAUUUUCUACCCCCGUCAUUGGAAGCAGAGCAGUCGUUCGGAAUGUGGCAUCGUCCUUCGGGAGACCUAGGGCCACGGGAUCCAUCAAAACCGGCAUCCACAUUUCCCUCGAGAUUUCCUUCCCUGCAACCCGACCACCGAGAUGCGGCGGAUGGUGCGUCUCGGAUGCAUGACGAGGCCAUGAGAGCUCCUACUUGGAGGAUUUCCGCCACGGAUCACACUGUCAUCAAGAAUCGACUCGAUGAGUUCUCAUCCGUGCUUCCUAGCGACUUCGUCUUCCCGUCCCGCCACACGCUCACUCGGUUCCUGGAAGGCUAUAUUAGCGGAUUUCACGAGCAUCUCCCCUUCCUUCAUAUCCCAACGCUGUCGCCCACUGAUCUCUCCCCUGAACUAUUGCUGGCCGUCUUGGCUGUUGGAGCCCAGUAUCGUUUCGAAACCAAUCGCGGCCACGCGCUGUGGUAUGCUGCCAAAGCUGUCGCCUUGGAGCAGAUUAGGAGGAGACACAGCCAUGAAGUGCACGGUCUUCUACCCACGCCCGCAGCUUACAGCCCUCACUCAACCAGGCCAUCCCCAAGUUCUGGAUUUCGACAUUCCUUUACUUCCGUCCACCAAGACCGGCCCAUGACCCAGGACACGCAUCGAGAGCCAUAUUCGCCGAACACGCCCCAAUCACGGCUUGAGACCAUCCAAGCUCUGCUUCUGCUGUUCGCUGUCGGUCUCUGGGGCGCCAAAGCUAUCUUGCACGAGGCUCUUUCUCUCCAGAGCCUGCUCGCUCUCCUGGUCCGAGAAGAGGGCCUUCUCGCUGAGCCGAAUCAAGCCGUAGACUGGGACACUUGGAUCCGACUUGAAGCCAGCGCCCGAACAAAGCUCAUCGCCUUCUGUUUCUUCAAUUUAUGCAGCAUUGCAUAUAACACGCCGCCCCUGCUCCUGACUUCCGAAGUCAACCUGUUUCUGCCAAGUCCGUCGAGGUUAUGGCGGGCAGAGAAUUCCUGGCAGUGGCAGGAAGCACGGCAAGCCUGUCCGAACGUGGAGAUUCCGCUCCAAGACGCUUUUUCGAGGCUUUUGAACCGGCCGUCCCAAGGCCCUCCUUCUCCGGUUUCGUCGUUGGGAAAUUAUGUUCUCAUUCAUGCGCUUAUCCAACAUAUAUAUCUCCUUAAACAGACUUCAUUCGCGAGUCUGUCGCCGUUCGAUGUCCAUCGUGGGUUGAAAAUCGACGAUGUCGAAGAAGUCAGCCAGGCUCUUCGCAUGUGGACGAUCGGGUUUGAACAGCACCGCCAGGUCCGGGCGAACGAAGCCGGACAGCACCAUCCUCCUGGCAUCGACCACUACUCGGGGGGACCGGUCUCGUUCAACUCGACAGCGCUUCUGAGGCUGGCGUACAUUCGCCUCUACACGGACCUCAGCCCCAGCAGGAGUCUCGAGACUCGCGACCACGUUCUGAUCGCCAGAUCAUUCAGUGACGCGCCGCUCCUGGCGCGAAGCCCUCGCCUCCACAGGGCGGUGGUCCAGGCAAUUCACGCGCUUUCCAUGCUUGUCAAAAUGGGCGUAAACUACGUUGCGAGGACGAAGUCGUUGGAGUGGAGCAUACAACAUUCUCUCUGCAACCUCGAGUGCGCCGUUGUCCUGUCCAAGUGGCUCGUGACCCUGGCGUCGAUCAGUCCAAACGAGCCGCCGUUGUCAGGAGAGGAAAAAAGUCUCUUGGAUAUGGUACGCCGCAUGCUCGACGAGACAGAAUUCGCCGUCCCAAUUGAUCCCUCGCUAUCCGGACUGGGAUCAGGGCAUGGCCACCAUCCUUCACGCUCUGUAGACCUGUCUGCGACAGACAGUACGAAGCUUCGCCAGCUCGCAUCAGCUGUCAUCCGACUGUGGGCCGAGACGUUUAAGGGGACACAUAUCUUCGAAGUUAUUCGAAUUAUGGCAGCUGGCCUGGAGGGUUACGCGGACCUGUUGGAGAAGCCGAGGGAUCGCACACCUCUUGCAAGGAUCGUCCCGAAUGCUGGACUUGGCUGAGCCAUCUGUGAGAUAUACG